CUGAGUGCUGUUUUGCGAACCAAAUGAAUUUGGCAAAAGGAGCGUGUUGCACGCAAAUUUGCAAAUUUUACCAAGCUGAGGGGUCCAAUACAGAAAUUGCAGUAGAGUUCAUUUGGUUCAUUUGCAAAUUGGUAAUCGAAAUGAUUGGCAAGCCCCUUGCUCUGUUGAUGUUCAUUUUGACAUUUAAAAAACGAGGUAAACACACGUGCGCGUUGAGAAAAAGUUUUGGUUUUUCCGGCUUUCCCCGUUUUCUGAAAAUAAUUGUUACAUUAAUUCGACAAAUAGUAUAUUUUUGUUAACAUACGACAUGGAAGUUGAUGGCGAAGAAAGUACGCCGAAAACGCAUACGGUACAAGCGCGAUUCGUUUCCGACUCUGGCGAAGAAGCUGGCCCACCACUUGAUCUUCCCAUCAAUGUGACCAAACAGCAGCUGGAGUUGAUAUUAAAUGCAUUGUUGAAAAAUGAAGAGCAGACACCGUAUCUGUUUUUCGUGAAUGAUCAAGAAAUUCAAGAAUCUGUUCAACAAACGCUAGGUUCUGAAUCUUUAGAUGUGGAAAAUGUUCUGGAUGUUGUUUACCAACCGCAAGCAGUUUUCCGGGUGCGACCGGUUACACGCUGUACAAGCUCGAUGCCGGGUCAUGCUGAAGCUGUUGUAUCUUUAGCGUUUAGCCCUAAUAGUUUGCAUUUAGCCAGUGGUUCCGGUGAUACCACACUGAGACUGUGGGAUCUUACCACUGAAACACCACAUUUCACCUGUACUGGUCACAAAAACUGGGUACUUUCUGUAGCUUGGUCUCCAGAUUCCCUGAAAGUUGCCUCAGCGGACAAAACUGGUGAAAUAAGGAUCUGGUGCCCAGAUAGUGGUAAGCUCAUUGGGCGUCCCUUAGUCGGUCACAAAAAGUGGGUAAAUUGUCUAAGCUGGGAGCCUUUCCACAAGAAUCCUGAAUGUCGUUAUUUAGUCAGUGCCGGGAACGACAAUGAUGUUCGAAUCUGGGAUGUAGUUCUGGGUAAUAGUAUAAAGGUGAUAGCUGGCCAUACCGGACCCGUUACUGCUGUUCGUUGGGGUGGUUCUGGACUGUUGUACACGUCGUCGCGAGAUCGGAACAUUAAAAUGUGGCGUGCUGAUGAUGGAGUGUUAUGCAAAACCUUCACUGGACACGCCCAUUGGGUGAAUAAUCUUGCGCUGAAUACGGAUUACGUUCUAAGGACAGGACCGUUCCAUCCCGUGGUUGACAAAAAGAGAUCAUAUUCAGUAUCUGAAAAAACUGAUCAGCAACGGUUGGCAUUAGAGCGAUAUGAAAAAGUUUGCCCCGAUGGAGUGGAAUCAUUCGUGUCUUGUUCUGAUGACUUCACGCUGUACCUAUGGAAGUCAAACCAGAAGCAAUUUAUCACCCGCAUGACCGGCCACCAAAAUGUGGUCAAUGAUGUAAAAUAUUCGCCCGAUGUUAAACUGAUAGCCUCGGCUUCAUUCGACAAAUCAGUACGACUAUGGCGUGCAUCUGAUGGAGCCUUCAUAUGCGCCUUUCGAGGACAUGUACAGGCAGUCUAUACCGUGGCCUGGUCUGCCGAUUCACGUUUACUGCUCAGUGGCAGCAAAGAUUCAACCUUGAAAGUUUGGAGUGUCAAAGAUCGUAAGUUGGCACAAGAAUUGCCCGGACACGCUGAUGAGGUUUUCGGUGUAGACUGGGCCCCCGAUGGAUCGCGUGUUGCUUCCGGUGGUAAGGAUAAAGUGCUAAAACUGUGGUCUUAUUGAGGGUAGUAAACGGUGAUCAAACCGCUACAAAAUAAAAUUCAAUUAAUACAUAAUGUAUGUACGAGACAUUUUAAAACUUGGAUUUUUCAACGUAUACAUCAAAAUCAGCUUCUGUUAAUUCAGAAUAAAAAAUUUGAACCAAAUGUUAUGUUUACACUUAUCUCUUAUACCUAUCACAAAUUCGAUCAGAACAAUAUCAAGAUAAUUUAUUUUAUGUGGUGAUGCUUGCGACAUUUAACCUGUGGUUUAACCGUCUUUGGUAUAAACGUAGAGGUAUAGACAUUUAAAAAUGACUAGUGAUCUGUCCAACAACAGGGAGAUGAAUUUUUAAUCUAUUAAACUAAUAUAGGAAAUGAAAAUCUUAUGCGUUUUCUGUAAAGGGAUCAUGUGACUUUUUUUUCUUCUCUCGAUGAUAUAAUAUUUGAACAUAGCGUAUGGAAUUUAAGAGAAAAAAAUCACACUAUCUAAAACCGUCAUGAAUCAACUGACGAGAGAUUUGUUUGAUUAAAUUCAGAUACAACUGCCCGACUAAAAACAAGAAGAAAAAGCAAUAAAAGUAAUUGCCUGUUUGUUACUUUUCUUAUAGAAACGAGAAAAAUUGUCGAAAAUAAGUAUUAUAUACAAUGUAAGUAAUAUACAGAUAAAAUCGAUAAUUGCAUUUUGAUUAGAUCAUUGAUUUUAAUUGAAAAUUAGAAUUGCAUUAAAAAUGAUAAGAAUGAAAUCAUCGUCAUUUAUAAAUCGGUCGUUGCUGAAUCAUUUCAGUAAAUAUGUAUAUGUAAUUAUAAAUGCUUCAACAAAAUUAACUAGAAAAUUACAAGAAUGCAAUCGAAACACUGCUAGAUGGUUUAGUUAAUUUUCUCUCUCCUCUUUUUGGCUUAGUCAUUCAGCCCAUUGAGCUCGCAUGCAGUCGUCUUUUAAAAUCUGUCGAGCAAGUACAGUUAGAUUCGAAAUCAAAUUUUGAUUUGUUGCAUCAGAUCAAAGACAUAGGU